UUGACGUCAAUUUGACAUAAACUGUAUCCYAUCUAGCAGUGACCCCUGCGUCGCCGACUGCAGCCUUGCGUGACAACACCAGAAAGGAUUCGUGUUUCGCCUAUAGCUUUUUUUCUCUCGACAAUUUGUUAUUCACGAAGGGGAAAAUCGUAUAUUUACACGUUUAAUCGACACGUCGACCAAUGUGAAAUGUUCUAUUUUGUGUUCUAAAGUGGAUAAAAGUUACGGAAAACCUUCAAAUGGAGGCUUGCUGAGCAAAAUGGCUGGGCGCACUGAAAUGUGAAACAUUGUAAGGUUAGCAGUAUCAGCAGAAUCAACUGGCACAGCAAGGGCGUUUGUAAUCCCUUAGUCGCAGAAAUACCAUUUUUCACCUCUGGAUGUGAAACAUCACUUUAAGCCAUUUGUUAGUGGCAUAAUUUCUUAUUGUCGAUAUCUGCAUUUAUCGACAACUUCGUCGUGUAUUUUUCCAUGGGAUUUCUGCUUGACUGACUUGGCAGUGUGACCGCAUUCUGUUAUUGUCUCGAAGCUCAGCUGUGGAUUGUCACCGUUCACUUCAACUGGCGAUUAAAAUUACAAGGAGCGACAGCCGGACCGAGUCAGGAGUUCGCUUUUUGGUGUGACAAUAUAUAUUUUUUUGUUUUCGACAGAGACCGAUGAGAUUGUCUGCGGUGUUUUAACUAAGCGACAUUAAUUAGCAGCACUCUGCUAUUGUUGACACAGCAGCUGGGGGCUUUAACUCUCGAAACGACACACCUGCCCAGUUUAUUGUAAAAACCCAAUCAGACACCUUUUUAAUUGACCCUUUGAACACUUUUGACUUUUUUUUCAACAGAUAAAUAUCCCCCCCCCAAAAUAAACCUGCAGUCAUGGGUGAAUUCCUGAAAUACAUCGACUACGACCACAAGACCAGCUUCUUGAAGAUGUUGAACCAACAGAGGAUGGAAGGGGACCAUUGUGACGUUGUGGUUGUGGUGGAAAACGUUGAGUUCAGAGCUCACCGCUGUGUCCUGGCCGCCUGCAGCAUCUACUUCAAGAAGCUGUUUAAAAAACAGAACGAUGUGGACAACUCCAUCGUGGAGCUCGACUUCAUCCGUUCCGACAUCUUCGAGGAGGUCCUCAAUUACAUGUACACCGCCAGGCUCGCCGUCCGCAAAAAGGACAUCAACCUCAUGAUGUCCUCCGGACAGGUCCUGGGGAUCGCCUUCCUCGACAACCUGUGUUCACAGAAGCGUGAGCCCAAUAUGAAGCYGAGUCGUGAGAACCAGGCGCCAGGGGACGGUAUGAGRGCCCAGGACGCGAUCCUCAAAGAGCUGGCCAUGGAGGAGGUGAGGAAGAACAGCUUCUACGAUGGAGGGAUGGAGGCMAUGGGYUCYGGAGGSCCUCACGGGGUCCCUCCUCACUUCGGCGGGAACAUGUCUAAAGACCCCCACGGCGCCCACGGCUGGACCUCCUCYUCYUCCUCSUCCAGCGAUAUGAAGCUUGACUACCUGCUGUACGGCCACCGCUCUGACGGCAUCCACCCGGGAAUGAAACCGGGCGGAGACGGCCCCAAGAAAGACAAGUCCCACCUGGCCCACCGUCCGUUCGCUUGCGAGGUGUGCCCCAAAACCUUUACCACCCAGGCCCACCUCAAAGAGCACCUGAAGAUCCACACGGGCUUUAARCCGCACCGCUGCCUGGUCUGUGGCAAGGCGUUCAUACGAGGCCCCGACUUAAAGCGUCACGAGAGGGUCCACAGCAACGAGAGACCCUUCGGAUGCCAGAUGUGUGAAAAGGCCUUCAAGCACAAGUCCCACCUGCGAGACCACGAGCGGCAGCACCGAGGGGAGAGGCCCUUCAACUGCGGCUCCUGUGAAAAGGCGUUCAUCAAAGCGUCCGACCUGAAGCGCCACUGGAACACGAUGCACAGCCAGCGCAGAACGCUGUCCCCGGCCGCCGCCGCCCCGGGCAGCAUCCAGGGAGACGCCGACACGCAGAGCCAGAGGGACUGGAAGCUAGAGGCUGGGCCACACUCGUAAGGACGGACUGUUACACACACACACGCACACCAUGCAUACAUAGUGACAUACACACUCAUGCAUUGCACACUGUCACACACACACACACACAUGAAUUCACGGCCUGUGAUAUGUAUUGAUGUGUAAUAUCCCAUGGCCGAUGAGAAGAGGGAGGGAUCGUAACAUGUCCGUUACUGUAAUGACACAAUGGACGCUAAUCUGAUCCUGUUGAAUCGUUGAACUACGUUACGUUUUUCAUUUAUCCCCGACUUCAUGUAAAAAAUAAUAAUCAUGUUAAACUUUACUUCUCUAUCUGCUACUAUGAACGAGUAUAUUUUUCACAGGGGAAAACAUUGUUGCUAUUUAGACAGACAGGGGGGGGGAUUCUAUAAUAAUUAUAACUUUAUUCCACUUUUACUUUAUGUUACGUUUGUAAGUGUUUUUUGUUGUUUAACCUUACUGGAUUUUAAGAGAGAAGAAGACGAUUCUCUGCAUAAAAUGUGUUGUUCUCCAUAUAUUCUCCUGUUGAUUGUUUUUUUAAAUGGAUGUCUAGUUGUGUUGAUUGAUAUUUACACUGUAAAAGGUAACCGGAGUCACCAUUCUUCAUUUGAUACAGGUUAUACCAAAGUCUUGGGGGCUGUUUUGUUAGAUAGCAAGGCUCCCAAGUCAAUUUUGGAAGUAAAAAUCCAACCUUUUUGUUUUUUGAUUUUGACAAGCAGUCUGAACAGGCUGUUUCAUCGUCUGUUCACACCUAGCAGCAUGAGUCCGACUAGAUUUACUGUUAUACAGUAUCACUAGCCCAUCAUCGAGCUGCCGUCGGAGAGAGAGAGACACCACGUCUGUAUAUACUGUAGCGUGACUAGUUGCACAAUUUAAAACAUUUAGAAACACAAAAUGACCGUAUUAUGCACAUUUAGCGUUGUUCUCUUACACUUUGAAAAUAAACCCAGAUUUGAUGAGUUGAUUUC